CAAAACCUCUUCACAAACAUCCGAGGCAUAAAAAUUGGUUGGAGCUGCUAGCGCUUACAUUUCUUAGUUGAUUAUUUCAUCACUGGCUAACCAGCACGGCCAUGGAAACUGUACUCAAUAUACGAGUUGGUAAUGGGAGAGGAAGAGGUAGAGCUGCGUUGUACAAAGACUUGUAUGAGCAAGCGAGAAGACCCGAUUCUUCGUACGACAAAAGGAAAAUUGAACCGAACUCUGUGGUUGGCACGAGUUCAGUUUCAACAGGGCCAGGGUCAGUCUCUGAAAGACAGCAUUCCUUGGUGUCGGACCGAAAGAUCGAGUCCAGUACUGAGAAACAGUCGGAGGCUGGUGCGUGUAACAACAAUACUGAUCGUAUAGAGACUGCCAAAGUGGUGAGAUUACUAGCCAAGUAUAGCUACAAGGCUCAUCCUGAUAAACCUGGAGGCUUUCCGGAACUAACAAUACGACAAGCACAAAACUUAGUUUUGAUAAAUAAACAUUGCAACAAUAUGCACUGGUGGAAUGUCAGGGAUGAAAAUGGAAAUGAAGGAUAUGUACCUGCUUCUUACAUGAAGGUAAUGGAAGAGAAACCCAGUGUGUUGCCAUGGUUGCAAAAUAAAGUGGAAGAAAAUGAAGUUAAAGAAAAUGUGUUUGGUGCCCCUCCUAAAGGUUCAUGGAAACCGUAUAAAUCUGCUUAUGCUGAUACAGAUAAAGCUGCUCUACCUGCUGAUAAGUACUAUUGUAAAUUAUGUGAUAAACGUUUAAAUGGACCCAAACCAUACAGUGCUCACAUGGCCAGUAAAGCUCACAAAGAGGAAGAAGAAUAUGUAGCCAGUAACAACUAACAAGCACUCCAACCAUAGUUUGGUUCUUUCACAUUUUUACUAUAAUAUUUGUAACAAGACACAUUUUACAUUAAUAAAGAGUUUUUAUUUCU